AUGGUGAAGCUGAAGAAAUCCAAGAUAUUGCGCUUCAUCUUCAGCACUCAGGUAAACAUCACAGCAGAACCCGGACAGGAUGUUAUUCUGCCAUGUAAAGCUCCCAACAACAAACCCAUCAGAGCUGUAGAGUGGACCAGACCUGGACUGGAUCCAGACACUGUUCUUGUGCACCGAAAUGGACGCUUAUAUCUAGAUGACCAGCAUCCAUCUUAUAAGAACCGGACGGAUCUACAGGACAGACAGAUGAAGAACGGAGACGUUUCUCUGGUUCUGAAGGAUGUGAAGACGGAGGACGGAGGAAAAUACGAGUGUCGUGUUUCCCAGGAAGGAACAAAUGGUUUCACGAAGGAUCCCAUCAGCAUCAUCAACCUGAAAGUUCGUCAACCAGGAGACACUGAAGAAGGAGACAAGAAUGGAGGAGACAAGGUUGGAAUCACUGUAGGAUCAGUAGUGGGUGUGAUAAUUCUCCUUGCUUCUUCUGUUCUGAUCUAUAAAAGACCUAAGAGGCAGAGGUCACACCUUCCUGUUCCUCCUGAUGAGGCAGCAGCUGCAGAUGUCAUAACAGUUUCUGAGUUAGCAGCAGAACAAACCAGAGCUUCUGGAACUUUGUCCUCCAUCAUGGAGAUGACGGAACCAGCAGCAGCAGAAUAAACUGUAAAUGGUUGCACAGAUCAAGUUAGUCUGAAGGGUGUGUACGUAACUUCAUAACCCUCUGGACGUUAAUUGAACAAUGCGAGCAAAGUUCAUAUAUUUCUCAUCAAAACCACAAUUUUUUUUUGUUUGUUUUCUUUGAUGAAGGGCUUUUUUUAAAUUAAGACUUUGAAAAAUGUAAAUACAAUUACAUUUACUCUACAAGCAUUUUUUCCUUUUAUUUUGGUGUCCAGCCAUCAGUGGGCCUUAUGUUAACUACUGUUACGAUCUUCUAAAUUAGCUCGUACCAAAGAGACUGAACACAAUGAAAUGGGCAAAGAGCUGCAAAGAGAACACUUUUUUUUAUUUUUGAAAAAAAGGUAGACAGA